UUUAAUCUAUCAUCUCCACAGACUAACAAACAUUAUCCCCGAUCCAAUAAACUAAAAACAAUCAAAACAUGAGCUUACCAAGAGUUGACCUGACCAAACCACAAUAUGAUCAAAGUGUCUAUUUGAAUCGUGCCAAGCACUUUUUCCUGGUAACCAAUCCCUUCAAUAUCUUUGCUACUAACGAUGAACUGGAACGAGCCAAACGUAUUGUGCAUGACUAUAAAGCUGGAAAAGAUGUACCCGAAUGUAAAUCGCUUGACGAAUUGUGGGCGGCUAAGUAUUUGUAUGAUUCUGCCUUUCAUCCGGAAACUGGUGAAAAGAUGAUAUUAGUCGGUCGAAUGUCAGCACAGGUACCAAUGAACACGCUGAUAACUGGAUUGAUGAUGACAUUUUACAAGACGACUCCGGCUGUGGUCUUCUGGCAAUGGGCUAAUCAGACGUUCAACGCUCUAGUUAACUAUACAAAUCGUUCGGGCUCGACACCAUUGUCGACAACUCAAUUAGCUUCGUCGUACGUCAUGGCAACUGGAGGUGCAUUAGGAACUGCUUUAACGUUAAAUCGUCUUGCCAAGAAUAUGCGUCCAAUUUACGGACGUUUAGUGCCAUUGGCCGCUGUGGCUGCAGCAAAUUGUAUCAAUAUUCCGAUGAUGCGUAAUAACGAGCUUAAAGAAGGCAUCUUGUUGACUGACGAGAAUAAUAAUUCGUUGGAUGCCCAAUCAAAGACAGCCGCUGUACAGGGCAUUAGUUCAGUGGUGUUAUCUAGAAUAGGAAUGGCAUGCCCUGGAAUGGUUUUAACUCCACUGGCGGUGCAAUAUCUAACCAACAAAGGAUUCUUCAAGCGUUAUCCUUGGGCCAACACGCCAAUUCAACUUGGAUUGGUUGGUGCAAUUCUCAUUUUCGCUACGCCAUUGGGUUGUGCUCUAUUCAGUCAAACAGCAAGCAUAAAUGUAUCUUCGCUCGAGCCAGAAAUUCAGGAAAAAGUCCGAGCGAAAAAUCCGAAUUUACAAAUGGUCUACUACAACAAGGGACUGUAAACAUUUAAUCUGAACUUCGUUUAGUUGAUGUAAAAUUGAGAAAAUUGCAUUUAAAAAUCGACAUUUUAGCAUUUUAUUUUACUGGAAGCAUUUUUCUUAUAGUAAAUUAACAGUAAAAGACAUUCGUCAUUCGAAUUAAAAAAAAAAAAAUAUUUUUUAGCCGUU